UGAUUCUACAGUAUAUCGAGAGUUCGGCUCUCGUGCCUGCGCGGUCGGUCGCGUAGUUUUGCGCAAAAUAAUGUUCAUAUACUUUGGACCAGAAGCUCAACGCGGAGUUCAGCGACCGAUUUAAGCAAACGUGCGUCUUAUUUUUUAUCAUCAAAGAGAAUGUAGCGGUCGCUCGAGUAACUCGUGUUAAAUAAUUUCGUAGUUCCAUAUAGACAGAGACCGUACUUUGCCAAGUACGAACUAGCUAACUGGCUAAUUCCCUGCGCAUCACUGUGAGCUUAGCCGCGGAGGCUAACAGUGCGCGCCCACGUCUUGCGAGAGUAGUUGGUUGUAAUAAACGCUAAACAACGAAGCAACUGGUUGAGCCAAACAUAAUGGUAUGGGUCAAAGGGAUAUCAAAGCGUUCGAGGCGUCCAUGAAAAGAAAAAACGGUAUUCCCACUGUAUCUAUGUGUCGACUGGAUGUGGAGUCCCCUGUUGUGAAGAAAGAAGUUGAGCCCGGCGGAGAUGGUGGUGUCCUUUCCUCGUCAAGGUACAUGUUGGGCAGGGGGGUGAAACGUAAGCUGAGCACAUGUGAGGACCCUUCCCAGGACUUGCCAUAUCCUCAGCAGAGGCAGCUGGUGCUGGACUUGUGUCUGGACAAGCUACAAAGCUGCCAGCGGCGAGCUGAACCCAGCCUACACCGCUCGGUCCUGCUGGCCAACACCCUCCGCCAGAUUCAGCAGGAGAUGAGACAGGAGGGGGAAACCUGUUUGCCACAAGCCCUGCUCGGCCCCUCACUCCCUCAUGCCUCGACCCCACGGCACUUCCCUGACCUGCCUCCCGUGCCCUUAGACUGUCCUCAACCCCUAACUGGAGCACUGUCCCCUUCAUUUCCCCUCACGACGGCUGAUGAUGAUGAGGUCCAGUUGGGCGGUGCCGAAAACGAGACUCUUUUGCCAUCCUUCGCUGGUGAGGACGACACAAGGUCGUUGGAUUCACUCUUUGGCUCAUUUGAGAUUACAAAUUCCACCAGCUACUUGACAGACUUGGCACUAGAUGACAUAUUUGAGGACAUCGACACGUCAAUGUACGACUCCUCUGACAUCUCCGUUCUGCCGUGUCCUGCGCAGAGAAGCGGUGGGGUGGAUGAUGGCCUCAAGAGCCUUUCCAGCUGCACCUCCAACAGCAGCCUGCAGCUUUGUCUCUCAGACCUCAACGACCUGGACCACAUCAUGGAGAUCCUGGUGCGCUCCUGAACCACAGCUCGCACCACAGUGUCCUCAUUCACCCAUCCCGAUGUUUUCUAUGGAAAAUGAAUAAUACAAUGCGUUUUCUUUUUUUAAACAAACAAAUAUUUUAUCUAUUUUUAUACAAAGGACUGCUAUAUUUAUAUAUAAUAAAAGGAAACUGCCUGACACACACUCACUGUAGGAUAAAUGCACAUUUUUAAGACUUUUCAGAUGGCCGAGCUUGUGCUGCCAUCCUUCAUAUUUAAGCAAACUAAGAUAUGAAUAUGCAGGGACUUUGGAAACAAAUACGAAGUAUUACCAUUGACACUUAUUUAUAUUGAAUAGCUACUUUAAGAGGAGGAGAUGGAAGAAAAGUGGAUCAUAAUGGAUGCUCCGUAGCUGUUGAUGAGCUGAACACUUUUUUUUUUCUUUUUUUGUGAUUUCCACUCUAUUCUGAAACAUUACAUUUACUGUCAGUAAUUACAAUUAUCAGAUCAUGUCAUGCACAUGCAGCACUCACACUACCUCUCAAGAUACCAAGAGCUCUUUCUCUAUACAAAGACUGUCAUUGUUACAACUGUAUUUGAAUGGUUUCUCUUCAAAUAACUUUAAAAAACUGCUGAUUGUUUUAUAUAUGGCUCUGUGUUCACAGGAAAGCCUCUCCUCAAAUGGUAGGAUUCAGUCCAAAGCUAAAGCUGUAGAAGAAAUGCUUUUGUCUCAUCUUUCUAUUCAACUUUUUUCCGAAACGUUUCUGACUUUUGGUUUCAGAACGAGCUGUUGCUUGUGUAAAAAGUGAGAUAUAUUUUCUAAUCACUUGGAAUUUAAUGCUAUUUCUACUUUUCACGUACAUGAUUGUCAGACACAGCCACCGUCGAAUCCCUCGUAUGAACAUAGUGCCUAUAAUGGAGAAUGAAGACUGCCGACGAUGAACUGCACACUGUGGAACCGCACAUAGACUUGCCUGAGAUUUUAGCUCUACCCCAUGAACUUCCCUACAUGGGUUGUUUGCCGCUUUUUUGAGCAUUUAGCACGACCCUCUGUCCUCUAAAGAAGCCAUUACCUGAAUAUGGCUCCACAUCUCCAUACUGUCUUUCAUUGUGAUCUACACUGCAAAAAGCUGAUCGUGGAUGCAUCUUGUGCUGUGGUCUCGAAGACCGUUUCUGAAUGUCCAAGCUUACUCACGAGAAACAGAUUAAUCCGAACUGAUGUCUCACCUGCUUACUUUAUUCCUCUCAUCACAAGUUUUAGGCCUGUUUGAGCCAUCUCAUCCACAACUUUUAAGUUAUUACUGCUACAACACAAGAUGGUAGACCAGAGCAAAGGCAGUUCAUAUUUGUGCUGCAUUUACAUCCACUGAACUACAAGUUGGUGCAAUCGAAUGCAAAGAGCCACAAGCUCCGGUCUGCAUUAAGACAGGGCAGAGACAAGGGGGAGGGGAAGAACUACAGAGCGAGUUUAAGGGGGGAGGGGGGAGUUAAAGCAAACAGCUUCUGUCACGUGAAGAGCCGUGCUAGUGGUAAAUGCUACAUUGAGAGUUUGACAACAGCUGGUAUGUGUUCACUCUCAUUGGUGUGCUCAAAACAAGCCCCACCCCCAGCGAGACCCAGAGGGGCUCCGUUCUCUUCCCGACCAAUCGUUUUGAUUCAAGGGAGGAGCUUUGUUCUUAAUGUGGAAUAGAAUAACAAGAAACGGUUCAAUUUGGUUGGAAUGUAUUCCCUUGUCUAUGGAUGGCUCUCUGAUCAUUACUGACUUAGUCUUAAUUUGGAUUAAAUUUAGGCAUUCCAGCAAAAAUACAAUGAGAUAUUCAUAUAAUAAUAAUAAUAAACUAAUUAUAGAGUUCAAUGUGGCUCGCAGACGCCCCACCCUGCCUUCCCCCUCACAAGACACAUGCACCACCGCCACCGCAGAGAAAACCCGACACUCACAAAGUUUACACACAGAUUUUAGAAAACAUGCUUGUGUUAGAUGUGACCAGAUUAUGGUGACCAUUGGUGUUAUAUCAGCAA